AUACAUUGUUUUUGUUUCAUAUAUAAAAAAAGAAUUGUUACUAUGCAACAACAUAUAUAAAGGACAAUUACACAUACAAUUACGAUAGUAUGUAUUUAUACGCAUGUAUUUACACGUAAAUAUGCACGCGUCAUGGUGGAGAAAUAAAUACUGAAUGAGGGAUUCUAUAUAUAAACUUCAUGUAUUUUUUAUUAAGUAUUAAGGACGUGCUGCUGUAUACAACUUUUCAAAGGUUUUACCUUUUAUUAUCUUAUUUUGCAACGAUGAUUAGAAAUAAUAUAUUGCUUUUUAAAAAGCAGUAUGCUUUGCAAUAACAAUCAAUUCUAAUUUGUACAGACCAGUAUAACUCUCAUCGAGUUAAAUUAAAUAGUAAGUUUCACAUACAUACGAUUAUAUCUAAUUUUUGCGAACGGUGUAAAAUGAAAUAAAAUAAAUAUUGUUACACUAGACAAGCUACAUAAUUGGAUAAAGAGAAAAGGGUGAAGAAGAACAGUGUCCCUGCUGUUUUCUUUUCUGUACAUUCAGCUAAUUCAAUAGAAACACUCUAUAAGUGAAUUUCUUAGGUACAUCCCUGUGAAUCGCACGCAUGACUCGCACCCUUCUGCGCCUGUAUCGAAAGCGAAGUGGAGUUGUAGGCCAGUUUCAGCGAUAAUAACAGCCACUUGUCGGCUAGCUGAUACCGUGACAAGUUCAACUCUGUGCUUCGUGCGUACAAUAGUAUUCUGGGAGAUAUUACAGACAUUAACAUUCUAUAUUGUAAAAUUUAAAAUUCUUUACAAAGCAUCCAACUGUUCCAAGCCAUUAGGCGAUUGCAUAUAAAUGUUAAUUUCGUAAUAUGGAUAUUUCUAAUAAAGAGACGAUUAAUAAAUUCAAUUUAAAGCAACUCUUUUGCUUUACAUUAUUUGCUGGAAUUCCUUGAUUGGCGUUACACGAUGUAAAAAAAACUGUCUUGUUCGAUAAUGUGAAAGAAAUGUUGGGAGAUGAAUAACGCAGAUGUCAGGAAUUCCAACAUGCUGAAAGGAAAGCUUAUUUUUAUUACAAUAUGACGUGUACUACAUUCCAUUUAAAAUAGGAAUGUAGAUUUAUUUCUACGAUAUGUACGCACAAUUAUAAACUAAUGUAUAUUAUAAAGUGCUCGUGAUAUUUUAAAUGAUUUCAAAAUUCCAUUAAAUUGAACAAUGGACAUGACAGUAAAAGAUAUAAGUGGAGGAACCAGAUGGGUCUGUCCAAAUGAUAGACAUUUAUCAUUGAGAGCGAAGUUGCAGACAGGUUGGUCUGUAAAAACUGGCUCUUUGGAUUCGAAAUGGAGUACUUAUUCCAACUCCUACUCAAGUGGUACAAAUCGAUGUGCGCAGUCAUUUGUACUAAGUGAUGAGGAGCAACAAACAAUUAUACAGGUCAUCCAGAGAGCAGAAGCUUUAAAUUUAUCCGAACAAGAAAGAAUUGGCAGAUUAGUAGAAAGAUUAGAGAAUAUGAAACGCAAUGUCUGCAUCGUUACUGCGACAAGAUUAAAUGAAAAGAAACGAUGCGGUAGCAAGUGCUUCAACAGCACACAAUGCGUGUGCUCUUGUGCCCUUUGCGGCGAAAAAUUCGGCACAGUGUUAGGCGCAUCGUCGAAUCUUUGUAAAGAUUGUCGAAAAUACGUAUGCCAGAAAUGCGGUAUCGAGACUAAUGAAUUAAGCUCAUCACUUUCGAAUAUUUCCACAACGAGAGAAAGAACAGAAGAGAGAACAGCUAUGCAACGAAUCGUUAGAAGGUCUAACAGUGGCCAGAGACAAUUUCUUUGUCGAAUCUGUGCGGAGACUAGAGAAAUGUGGAAAAAAAGUGGCGCUUGGUUUCUCAGAGGGAUGCCAAAAUACAUUUUACCAGAGAAAAAGGAACGAGGAUGGUCGAGAUCUAUUCACAAGACAUCCACUUGGACAAUUGGAGGUAAUAAAUCCCUCGAAUCUACAGAACCCCAAGAUUCUUCCUCCGAUGAAGAAGCAACACGGCGCCUAGCUUUAGCUCGAGGACAGUCUAAUUCAUUCUCAAGCUUACAAAAAAAUCAAGAUGGUAUUACUAAUAAAGCUCAUUCGUCAUCGUUAAAUUCUGCUCAAUCAACUAGUAGUGCGUCUAAAUCACGAGGGCAACGACUCUCGCCGUUAAACAGCCGUGAGGAAUGUUUAGAUCAAUUAGACAGAUCUACUCUGUCUAUUACUUCUCAGUGCAGUCGUCUUUCACCGUCUCCCACAAGUCCACGUUCACGAAUAUCUCCAAGAGCGAACAGUAAUGAUUCUCAAAUUGAACAGCACGUGUCGUUCGAAGAUGAAAUUAUCGAUGAAAAGAACAAGAAGCUUGACAAUAUUAACGAAGCUGCUCGUAAAUUAGAGAUCAGUUCCUGUGAUCAGUCUCCUAGGUCUCCUAGGUCUCCUAGGUCUCCUAACAGGUUGAGUUUUGCAACAGUUCCAAUAAUAUCAACGACGACAGUUAUAUCAACGGAACAAGUUCUAGAACAGUCUCAGAUCUAUGAGAAACGCAUGGAUCAGGAAGGAAGUCGAUCCUCCUCGGAACAAGGAAGUCUUUGCAGUAACAAUCAAAUUGAUUUAGUACGACAACAGAUGCCAGAAUCUGUAGAAACGAAGCAAAAUUAUGGAACUCUGGAAAUCUCUUUGCGAUACGAUCCAACAGCUCAGUGUCUUCAUUGCAAAGUAGAACGAGCACGAGGCUUGCAGCCAAUGGAUAUUCAUGGCCUCGCCGAUCCUUUCUGCAAACUCAACAUAUUACCAGUGGACACAGUUUCACCAACGAAGCGACUUCGAACAAAGACAGUUCACAAAACGCGGGAUCCGGAAUUCAACGAGACUUUGAAUUUUUAUGGAACAACAGACACCGAUAUAUGGAAUGGCAAGGCAUUGCACAUCUUGGUUCUUCAAGACGAUCUGGCAGGUCAAGACUUCUUAGGAGAAGCGAAAUUUCCUCUGCAUGAAUUACAACCACGUCAAAUAAAACAUUAUAAUGUUCCACUACAAGAUCAUUAUCCAGUGGACAACGAAGAAGCAGUUUGGGGCGUGUUUUCCAAUGGGCGAGGACAGAUUCAAGUGAGUCUAAGUUACUGUACAAGGCGACGAGCAUUGACAGUCACAAUUCAUCGAGCUAGAAAUCUUCUUCCUAUGGACAGUAAUGGAUUUUCUGAUCCAUUUGUCAAGCUGUGCCUUAUAGAGAACAUGGCAAACAAUCAUCGACAACGUGUCUUCGACUAUUCAAUCGCACGUAUUACUGCUAAAAAGCUAGUAUCGAAGAAAGCUACAGGUCGUAAUGUACAAAGUACAACGAUUAAAUGGAAAACUUUAAAUCCAGAAUGGAACGAAGAGUUUGCUUUCGCUAUUCGAUUAACAGACCUUAUGAAACUCACCUUAUGCCUUACAGUAUGGGACAAGGAUUUUGGCAAAAGUAAUGACUAUCUUGGUGGACUUGAGUUAAGUUGUAAUAGCAAAGGAGCACGAUUACGACAUUGGAUAGACGUAAUCAAAUUUCCAGACCAUCGUCAUCAAGCUUGGCAUAACUUAAUCGAUACUAUUUUGCCUAUAGAAUGAUAAUUUAUAUUUUUACUUUUUACUAGUGUGUUGUUCGAUAUGUUUUAAUAAAAUCUAUAUAUUCAGUAUAUGUAAUAAUCCGCAAGAUAUAACUUAUUUACACGUGAUCAGUUAUUAUUGCUCAAAAUGUAUUAUUCCACAAAAGAAGUGAUAUAAAAAUAAAGAUAUUAUAUUAUA